AUGGCCAAGAAUGUGGAUGAAGAGAUUGCUGAAAAACUUUAUGAGUCUGUAGCGGUAAGCCCGGUGGGCAAAAAACUUGCUUCUUUUACUAGGGUAUCAUCAACAGUUCAGGCUCAGUUUGGUGCUAAUGUUAUGAUUGAUGAUUGGGAAGAGAAUUUGGAUAUGAUUACUGCUAACAGGACCAAAGAUGAUGAAUUGGUGCUUAUUCAUCUUGGAGAUUGUUUGUGGAAGGAAACAAGUAAUAUUAUUGCUGCACAAAUUUGCUACUUAGUUGCUGAAGCAAAGUUUGAGGCGUAUUCAAACAAUGCUAGACUAUAUCUCAUUGGUGCAGAUCACUAGAAGCAUCCACGAACAUAUGACUAUCCAAAGGCCAUUCAGAGGACAAGUAGUUUACAUCAUUAUUAAGAUGUUGGGCUCGAGUAAUUGGUCAUCUAGUAAGCAUAAUUAGAUGUGAUUGGAUUAGAACAAGUACAAAGAAGAUGUGUGGUUCAGGUUCCUAUGGCUAUGUUUGGGGGGUCUGGAAACUAUGCCUCCGCAUUAUAUAUUGCAGCUUCAAAAGUCAAAACAUUGGAAAAGGUUAAAGCCGAGCUUCUUGAUCUUGUUGCAACCUCUCAGAAAUCCCCAACUUUCUCACAUUUCAUGAAGGAUUUGGCAGUGCCAGCAGAUACCCGAGUCAAGGCUAUGACUUAGAUCUGUGAUCAAGCUAAAUUAUUAUGCAUGUAUGUGAUAUAUAAAUCCAAUCAAUUGGCCUAAAAAGACAGGUAUACCCUCAUUGUCUAUAAAAUGUGUUUUUUAAAGAUUUAUGUGUUUUUUAGAUCACUUGGUAUGAUCAAGCG